AUGCCUAUUAAUGGGCAGUCUGUCCACCCAAUAGACAAUACACUUUCCGAAAAUACUCAACUGCUUGAAUCUCAAUCUACUUUACCUAAACAACAUGCUCUGCUUUCAAAGACUCCUGCAUCACCUUUAAAAAAAGAGCAACUCCAAUUUAACCCUCCAAAAAUUGACCCAGUCCCAAAUAGCCCAUCUACAAAUGACGAUUCUUUAAAUAGUCCUCUACAAGCUACUUUGCAGCAAGAUACAUCACUACAAAAAACAAAGCCUCAUAAAAUUAUUGUCGACACGAAUAUAUUGCACCCAACAACUCAUUGGUCAACAUCAAAACGCACUCCAUCCUCAAAACGUUUAAAUUCUCAUCGAGUGCGACAUUCUGCUCAAAAAACACCCCAUUUCCCAAAUUACUCUCCAAAAAUUGUUGGUCCAAACUACUUUGGUGAUCAAGAUGAUCAACCUGCGAUCCGAAAAGUCAAUGGCAAAUACGAAGAAAUUCCUAAUUUGCUCGACGGGUUUAGAAUGGUAAUCGUAUAUUUAACUUUGAUGUAUAAUUUGAUUCAAAUCUUAAAACUCAAUUUGUUUUUAACCAAACCUAAUGGAAUGUGCCAAUACAAGCUUAAUCGAGCACCAGCCACGGAUCCAGAAUUUGUAUACUCGCUCGACUUGUCAUCACAACAACUCAUAUAUGUUGUUGAAGAUGAUUUGACGUUGUUUACAAAGUUGCAUACUUUGCGUGCAGGUGAAAACUCACUGCCUUUUGCUCGACUAGGCACAUUACCAUCUCUUAAAACUCUACUGCUUCCAUGCAACGGCGUGACAUCUCUUGAUCUGGAGUCGGAAAGCAAAUUUCAAAAGCUUGAACACUUGGAUUUAUCCUUCAAUGCCAUUGACAUAUCAGCUCAAAUCGUGCUUGCUACAUUUCCACUUUUAAAGCACUUGGAUUUGACAAGCAACAAUAUAUCAAGGCUAGCUACGACCAUCUUGGAUAUGGAACAUUGGCAUGAUCGCGUAAUUGAAUUGGUUUUGCCUCAUCAAGUCGCUGCAUUGGACGCAAAUCUAUUCGACGUCUGCCAGACCGAUCAAACACUGCUUCGGUCUGAUUUGGAUGAUGCUUAUAAACCCUACCAGAAAUCAUGGCCAAAUGAUUCAACGCAAACAGCACAGUUGGCACACGAAAAUGAAUUUUCAAGCGCAGAAAGUCCUUCCUUGUUUCACUCAUUUAUCGAACACAAAAUCUUGUCUGAAAAACUUGCGGCUCAAGCCAAUGUUCUGGAUAGUCCUGAAAACAACACAAUCACAUCAAAAGAAACAGACCCAUUGCACUCGACAAAUUCUGACAAUAUUCCAAAAGUAAAUCAUUUACCAUACCAACAUAAUGACAGUCAUCUGAAUAAGAUGGAUCACGAUCUCAAAGGCGAUGAGCCAAAUCAAAAGCAUCCAGAGAAUGAAAACGCUGGUGAAAUUCAAUUAAACAAUACACAAUCUCAAAAUUCGUCAAAAUCGCAAAACAAACUCAAUAAUUGUCAAUCUACCAGAGCACCAGUGGAAACUAUACAGCCUGACACAACUGUCGUAAAACCAGAUUUAAAUGCAAUGAUUACUCUCAAUGCUUCAGUUGCAGUUUCGCCUAUAGGAUUCCAGUCAUUAGAGGUGCUGAUUCUUGAAAAUAAUAGUCUAGGCGUGCCUGAUCAUUCAAAUUUUUGGACAAUACUUCAGGCUCUCCCACGACUCCGUGUACUCAACCUCAGUAACAACUUUAUCAAAUCAUUACAACCUUUAAUCCCAAGUCACGUCCAAGAUCAGUGCUUGGAAUCAAAAUGGACACCAACUGAUCUUUUGAAAACCAGUCCAAACAUAUUGACUAAGCUCAAUGGCUUCAAAUGUCUGGAGGAGCUAUUUCUGAUAAAAAACAAAAUUAGCACUUUGGACGACUUGAUUGGUAUUAUAUGUCUUCAGCGACUACGCAAGGUGUUUUUACAUGGAAAUUCAAUCAUGAAACAGUAUGCUCCUAAACAUCUUUUGCCAAAAACACCAGCAUCUUCCGAUAAAGCUGUUAUGGAUAUAUUUCAGUUGUUUUCUACAUAUGGAAUCAUUAUUGCAGAUGUGUGCUAUCAGGUGCCUAAAUCUAGUAUUGAAGCUGAGCUAGUUAUGGCUGGACCGUUGAAGCCACAAUCAUCAACCUUUUCUCUGGCCCAGUCGAAUGGAAACUUUGGACUCACGUCUGCUAUCCACCGCAUAGAUCGGCACAACAUCAAACUGCCAAUUAAAAAACCACAACUUAUUGGUCGAUAUCGUGCACAAGAAAAUCAAACCUUUUCCUCGUAUAUUGCUGCACCUCACGUGGUUGAUGAGCCCCUUCUUACUGCGUCUAAACCACUUGUAGAAGAUCGCAAACGACGGGUAAAAUAUCAGUUUACUGACAGCGAUUUGCAAGAAAUUGUUAAAUGUGGGAAAAUUCCACCAGUUAGAGAGUUGAUAAAGCUUGCUAAGCUACGCGAAUUUCAGCUACAAGGAAAUGCAAGUCAACUUUCUAUAAAUUCUAAUCAACCUGCCAUAGGUAGUACGGACGUGCACAACCAUAUCAAGUCUGAUGUUCACUCCAGUCAUGCUGAUGGUGGUAAUGUAUCUGGAAAUAAUCAAUGCAGUGGUGAUUCAAACAAGACAGAUACAAGUGGCGACAUGCAUCUUUCAUACAAGGAUGGUGACAUCAUGUCGCAACUACAUGAUACGAGUCAGCCAAUAGAAGUUUCCAACAAUGAUUUUACUUCAUCAACCAAAAAAAUCCAAUAUGAUCCAAACCAUAUUGAUGAUACGUUUUUGACUGGAGUGCACAUUACUGGUGGUGAUCGUGAGGAUGAAUCAUGCUUACCAAAUGACUAUAAUCAAAGCAUGCCAUUAUCUACAUCCGCGACGCUUGAUAAAGAAGGCAUCAGGCUUAAUGCUGCUUCGCCUAACGACAGUGACACAUCCGAAUCAUAUAGUUACACAAGUGAAUCUCAAACCAAAGAUGAGUCAGACAGUGAUCAUAGCAGUGUGGAUAGUCUUGCAAAUCAUAAAAUAGAAGCAAAGGUCAGCAUGGUCUAUCCACUUCCAAGCACAAUUCAAGGAUCUGUUAGAGCACUCAGACAUGCUUUGGCCAAUCCAGUUUCAUAUUGGCGAAUUUUAGAAGAAUCAUAUGCACGACCAACUUAUGCCAGUUUAAAACGAAAAACCGCAUUUGUUACACAAGAUCAGUUGCGCGACGAUGCUAUGGAUGCUGUCACUGACAUUUGCAACGAAACCAAACCUUUUUUGACAGAUUCUGAUGAUAAACAUCUGAAUCAGAAUCCACUUAAUUUGAAAACAUGUCGACAGUCGGAGAGUUUACAACAAAAUGUGUCAAAUAAUCUGCCAAUGCCAUCACACACUCCCCGACAAUUCAUGGGUACACCGGCAAGUAGCAUGUGGAUGCUCACAGAAAGCAGUGACAAUUUUGUUACAUUGGCCGACUAUGUCCCGCCAGCAGAUACAUCAGCAAAACACCGUAUGGAAGUAGGGGAAGUGUCGUAUCGUCGUAGCAGCAUAAUCUCAAACGGAGUGUUAGAGUCAAUGUCAUCAACGGGUGCGCGACAGAAACUCAACCUUCAGUUGGACGCUAAAUUCCGACAGCAACAAAGUAGACAUGGUGUGAUGAGUAAGGAUGCUCAACACGAACCAUUGAACAUGGCCAAUACAAGACAAAAACAAAAGCUAAUGAAGCAACUAUCAACUGUCGCAGCACUUCAGCGAGCCCAAAAAAGUGGACGCUUACAAUCGCAAGACGAGUUUGAAACUUUGAAUGAUAUGAUGUCGUUGGUUGACUCCAAAAUCAGCACUAUUGAAAGUAAUCUAGCAUCAGUGUUGAGGAACAGCCAGCUGGAAGAACGGCUACCACAGUCGCGUCAGUUACUGAAUGAACUUCAACAAGAGUAUAGCCGAAUUAAGAAUCUAUAUUUGAAUGAUGCCAAGGCGACUGUUCACUAUGAGCCCCUUUCUCAUUGA